AAUAUUUGAUCUAAUCUAGGCCGUCCAUUUCUCCGGCAGAAUCAUCCAAUACAAAAUUCAUGUGACAUAAAGAUCAAUCAUCUCUCACUCUUUCAAUUCAUUUUAGAUUGCGCCUUAUUCUCUUCGUCUUCUUCGAGAAACGUAAGAAUUCUAGGGUUCACAUAAUUCUUGGAGCAGAAUGUCUGGCGGAAUUGCGCGCGGGAGGCUGACGGAGGAGCGAAAGUCGUGGCGGAAGAAUCAUCCACAUGGUUUUGUGGCUAAGCCGGAGACUCUGCCUGAUGGUACAGUGAAUUUGAUGACGUGGCACUGCACGAUUCCGGGUAAGGCCGGGACUGAUUGGGAGGGUGGUUAUUACCCACUCACAAUGCACUUUAGUGAAGAUUAUCCGAGCAAGCCGCCAAAGUGUAAAUUCCCACCAGCCUUUUUUCACCCUAAUGUGUACCCAUCUGGAACUGUUUGCCUCUCAAUUCUUAAUGAAGAUAGUGGGUGGCGGCCAGCCAUCACAGUGAAGCAAAUUUUGGUUGGGAUCCAAGAUUUGUUGAAUGAGCCUAAUGCAUCUGAUCCAGCUCAAACUGAGGGGUACCAUAUGUUCAUCCAGGAUCUGGUUGAAUACAAGAAAAGGGUUCGGCAACAGGCGAAGCUCUACCCCCCUCUUGUCUGAAUACAUCUUUGUGCUUGCUGGUCAUUCUUUAGCUUUGAGGCAAACGUUGUUGCCGGAAAUUGUAUUGAUCGAAAGAAGAGUAACGUGUACUGCAGUGGAUGUGCUUAUAGUUACUGAACCAGCAUGACGCAUUAGAAACUUCUUGAUUGUGAAACUAUGGCCUAUGGGUAUUGUAUUUAGAUUGAUGUCGAAUGCUGUAUCAUAAGAUCGCUUUUACUUUAUUCAACUGUGAGGUAUGCGUGUUUUACUUCAGUUAUUCAA